ACAUUUUCUUUUUGUUCGGUUCCUAUCCUUUACUGUAUGUGACUUUCCUCUUCUCUCCAAACUCACACUGUAGUUGCAGAAUCCAAAAAAUGCAGUGGUGCUUAUAAUGUACCAAAAUAUUUGAAGUGUUUUAGUUGAAUCUGUUCCGUAUCAAUUUUCAUCUUCAUUCCUCACAACACGUGAAUUAAUAUGGAAACUACCAGAACCCCAUGGAAGACGGUUUUACCCUUACUGCUUAUCUCUCUAUUCUCCACAGUCCAGUCGUCAUCCUGUCAUCACAACCAGCCAUCGAGGCAGGUUACGAUGCGAGCAGGUGCACCGUUAAAGGUUGCACUGUUUGCGGACCUGCAUUUCGGAGAAAACUCGUGGACGAAUUGGGGACCACUUCAAGAUGUAAACUCUAUCCAGGUGAUGAAUAACGUGCUCGACGAUGAAACUCCAGAUUUUGUGAUAUAUCUUGGAGAUGUUGUUACGGCUAACAAUAUAAUGAUUGGAAAUGCAAGUUUGUAUUGGGAUCAAGCUACCUCGCCGGCAAGAAAUAGGGGUAUACCGUGGGCAAGUGUAUUUGGAAACCAUGAUGAUGCUUCGUUUCAGUGGCCAUUAGACUGGUUUUCUGCUCCUGGAAUUCCUCCAAUUCACUGUUCUCAAUCCUCAGGGGAAGAAUGUAGCUUCAGAGGAACAGGAAGAUUGGAGCUGAUGAAAAAUGAGAUCAAGCACAAUGCAUCAUUUUCUAGAUAUGGUCCAAAAAGCCUUUGGCCCAGUGUAUCAAAUUAUGUCCUUCAGGUUUCUGCACCAGAUGAUUUGCAAUCACCGGUGGCUUUCCUCUACUUCCUAGAUUCUGGUGGUGGUUCUUAUCCAGAAGUCAUAUCUAGUGGCCAGGCAGAAUGGUUUCUGCAGAAAGCUAAAGAAAUUAACCCUGACUCUAGGGUUCCUGAGAUUAUUUUCUGGCAUAUACCAAGUAAGGCCUAUAAGGCUGUGGCUCCGAAGUUUGGCAUACGAAAGCCUUGCGUUGGUUCUAUCAACAAGGAAAAAGUUGCAGCUCAAGAAGCUGAAACGGGGAUCAUGGAUCUUCUUGUGAAAAGAACCUCUGUCAAGGCAAUAUUUGUUGGACACAACCAUGGAUUGGAUUGGUGCUGCCCAUACAAGAAACUAUGGUUAUGCUAUGCUAGGCACACUGGCUAUGGAGGAUAUGGUGAUUGGCGUAGAGGAGCUCGAAUUUUAGAGAUAACUCACAAGCCCUUUUCUCUACGAUCUUGGAUAAAGAUGGAGGAUGGCAAUGUGCACAGUGAAGUUGUCUUGAGCUGAGACUUGAAAGUUAAUUGCUGCAAGUUUAGCCAAUGCCUAUAUAAGAUCAAUGACAUAUGCGUGAAACCUGGCAAAAUACUUAGUUGCAAGUUGCAACUGUCAUAACUUGACAAUAAUACAAGGGUGUCAAGAGCAAAAAGUUGUUGAGAAUUGUAACUGAUGAAUGAUUUUAGGAUCGUGUUAGACUGUGGUCUAUUAAAAAAUUUAUAUAAAAAUUGAGCAAAAAAACCCAUUUUACUGGCCUUGGCAAAAUUUUGGAUGAUAUAGGAUAGACUGGUUGUAAGUUGGAAUCCUUACUCAAAAACUUGUUUGUUCAGUCAAAUCCACAUAUGCCACCAGGUGUACUUAUGGUGUAAGGAAAUCCUUCUUUCUUGGUGAUGUUUGUGUUGCGUGCUCUAUUGCUUUUGCAACACUCUAUUACUCUGGAUUGAAUCCUAAUAGAGUUUUCUUCAUGCUUCUCAUGUGGAUCUCUCAGCUCCUCACUUGGUGACCUAGCAUCUUCUAGACUUGUUUCUUUAAUUUGUCUCAA